CAGCAGGAAGUCGAUACGUGGCCGCCGCCUGUCCCCGCUGAGGAGGCACAGCAGCCGGAGAUGGCGGCGGUGCUGAACGCGGAGCGACUCGAGGUCUCCGUCGACGGCCUCACGCUAAGCCCGGACUCGGAGGAGCGGCCCGGUGCAGAGGGCGCCCCGCUGUUGCCGCCGCCGCUGCCACCGCCCUCUCCUCCCGGGGCCGGCCGGAGCCCGGGCGCCGCCGGCGAGCACCCGGAGCCCGGGGAGGCGACGGCUGGGGGCGCGGCGGAGGAGGCGCGGCGGCUGGAGCAGCACUGGGGCUUCGGCCUGGAGGAGCUGUACGGCCUGGCGCUGCGCUUUUUCAAAGAAAAAGAUGGCAAAGCGUUUCAUCCAACUUAUGAAGAAAAACUGAAGCUUGUGGCACUGCAUAAGCAGGUUCUUAUGGGUCCAUAUAAUCCAGACACUUGUCCUGAGGUUGGAUUCUUUGAUGUGUUGGGGAAUGACAGGAGGAGAGAAUGGGCAGCCCUGGGAAACAUGUCUAAAGAGGAUGCGAUGGUGGAGUUUGUCAAGCUCCUAAAUAGGUGUUGCCACCUUUUUUCAACAUAUGUUGCAUCCCACAAAAUAGAGAAGGAAGAGCAAGAAAAAAAAAGGAAGGAGGAGGAGGAGCGAAGGCGGCGUGAAGAGGAAGAAAGAGAACGUCUGCAAAAGGAGGAGGAGAAACGUAGGAAAGAAGAAGAAGAAAGGCUUAGACGGGAGGAAGAAGAGAGGAGGCGACUAGAAGAAGAGAGGCUUCGGUUGGAGCAGCAAAAGCAGCAGAUAAUGGCAGCCUUAAACUCGCAGACUGCCGUGCAGUUCCAGCAGUACGCAGCCCAGCAGUAUCCAGGCAACUACGAGCAGCAGCAGAUUCUCAUCCGCCAGUUGCAGGAGCAGCACUAUCAGCAGUAUAUGCAGCAGUUGUACCAAGUCCAGCUUGCACAGCAACAGGCAGCAUUACAGAAACAACAGGAAGUAGCAGUAGCUGGGGCUUCUCUGCCUACAUCAUCAAAAGUUAACGCAACUGUACCGAAUGAUACGAUGUCAGUGAAUGGACAGGCCAAAACCCACACUGACAACCCUGAAAAAGAACUUGAACCAGAAGCUGCAGAAGAAGCACUAGAGAAUGGACCAAAAGAAUCUCUUCCAGUAAUAGCAGCUCCAUCCAUGUGGACACGACCCCAGAUCAAAGACUUUAAAGAGAAGAUUCGGCAGGAUGCGGAUUCCGUGAUCACAGUGGGCCGAGGAGAAGUGGUGACUGUCCGAGUACCCACCCAUGAAGAAGGAUCGUAUCUCUUUUGGGAAUUUGCUACAGACAAUUAUGACAUUGGGUUUGGGGUAUAUUUUGAAUGGACAGACUCUCCAAACACUGCUGUCAGCGUGCAUGUCAGUGAGUCCAGCGAUGACGACGAGGAGGAGGAAGAAAACAUCAGUUGUGAAGAGAAAGCCAAAAAGAAUGCCAACAAGCCUCUGCUGGAUGAGAUUGUGCCUGUGUACCGACGGGACUGUCACGAAGAAGUGUAUGCUGGCAGCCACCAAUACCCAGGGAGAGGAGUCUACCUCCUCAAGUUCGACAACUCCUACUCGUUGUGGAGGUCGAAAUCAGUCUACUACAGAGUCUAUUAUACUAGAUAAAGAUGUUACAGAAUCUGGAGUCAAGGGUUGGGCAGAAGAUGGCAUUUAAUUUGGAAAUUUCUUUUGACUUUUGGGGAGCAUUGCAGCCAGUGUUCACCCUAUUGAUUUUGGUCUGAUGGUUAUAAACUCUUGUUGGGAGUCAGGAUUUCCUUGAGACUCUUUAGCAUUAAUACUUUGGGGUUAAAGGGGUUCCCUCAGACACAUCCAGCCCUUGGGUGCUGACCAGCAGUCACUAGUGGAUGCUCAAGUUACGAGAGCUAUGUGUUAAGUCACAAUAAAACAUCCCAAAGCCAACCCCACCUGGCUGAUGGGUCCAUUGGUGCCUGCUCCAUGUGUUUCUGAGAGCCCUUAGGCCAGCACCCUCUAACUUGAAAUCGUUACAUAAGCAGUCUACAUGAGGAGUAGCUGACUUGGAUUGAAGGUCACCAUUUCUAAAACUUAAAAACGUAAGACCUCACAGAUUUUAAUAGGGAAAAAAUUGUCUCAGUUUGAUCUUGUUGUGAAUGACCCAGGUUGUUUUUUGCUUGGGGUACAGCUGUUAUAUUUGCUUUGGGUUCAGAGUUAUAUUACAGAGUUAUUUUCUGAAAUAAUCUUAAAAUAGAAUGUUCAAACCUGAUAGGUGAUUGACGUAUCAGGAUACAUAGAACACCUCAAACAUGCAUCUAAGCGAGCCUCCACAAACUCUCGGUCCUUUUCUUUUUGUUGGGUAUUUCUAGUACCCGUAGCAAAGUGAAAUUUACUCAUUUUUGUCUUGAUUUGGCUUUAUAGAGCAUCUCAAAUUGAAACUGUUUUCUACACAAGCAUAUAGUUAGGGAUUUUAUAAACUCAAAAUGCCACCUACUGAAUUAAAAUAUAUAAAAUCAUUUAAAUAUAAUUCAGUGUAUGAGAGAUACAUUGCACUAAUAUGGAAGUCACUGCCAGAGACGGUCCAUUUUUAAUUUGUUACAACUUAGGCACAAACCCUACACGAUUCCAGUUUGGAAUUACUUAUUAGAGAGAAUUGAAAAUGUAUAUGCCCGUGCUUAAAUUUUUUAUAGCUUUAAUCUGUAUUAUGUCUUUAUUGGUGGGAAGAGGUACAUCUUUGUUUUCUUUACUGAAAACAAAUAUGGAUUAAUUGCCUCAAAUAUGUAUAAGUGAUUGACUAGUCUAGAAAUACUUGUUUUCAGAAGGGAGGGUAGUACAGAUAGAAAAUGACAAAGAUGGCAAUAUACACAUAAUGUUGUUACUAUAUGUUGUUACUGAAAUGCUUAGGUUUUUAAAAUUUCAAAUCAUAAAUCACUUCUUGUAGGAGGGUUUCCAUUGAUUAGCUGCAGUAUAUACAGUUCACUACAUAAGAAAGGGGCUGUUUGUUUCUUGUGUGCUGCGUUUCUUUUUUUUUUUUUAAUAACUGGUUUUAUAUAUAUCUAACUCUGUUCUCUUUUGUUGUUGAGAAACUGGAUUAUUUUUUCCUAAGCAGUGCUUAAUUUGUGUUUUUUAAUUUUGAUUCAGUAGUCCCAGCUCCUAGGUGUCCAUACUGUUACAUCCAGAAUACUUGUCAGGCUGUCCAUCAGCUGUCAUGUAUAUAUAUGGUAUAGAAACCACGGGAUUAGGCACUUCCUGGCUUUUUUUUUUUUAUGAGAAAAUACUGUAUUUAAAAUGUAAAAUAAACUUUUAAAAAGCAGGCACUAAUAUAUAUUUCUUCCAGCCUUUGAUUACAGAUUUGUCCUUGCACAUGUUGAGAUGAAUUGUCUUCUAAAAAUCCCAUUGUUCUUGGGAGUAGUGUAUGUUACUUUACAUAGCAGCGGUUCCUGUCACAUGUUCAUGUCAGAACACUUUUGGUUUUAAACUUUUUUAUUGCCUUUGGCUGUUGAUUAGUACAGUUCAAGUGCGAUUUCAAAAAGAUCUUGAAAAUAAUAUAUUUAAUCAAUUAAAAUGUUUAUCUGUAA